CUCACCAUGCCAGGCUGCGUGCUGCUCGGUCUCUGCGCCUGCCAGCCGGCGAGCGUGCGUCUCUCAUGUUCGUGCUCCGAGUUGCACUAAGCGGACGAUGAGGCUGCUCACUGUCUCAACUUUGCUCCUGUUCUUCUUCAACACAGGGCUGGCUCUGCAGAUUCAGUGCUACCAGUGUGAGGAGAUGACACACGACUGCUCCACCCCAGAGUUCAUCGUCAACUGCACCGUGAAUGUGCAGGACAUGUGCCAGAAGGAGGUUCUGGUGAAGGAAGACGGGAUACACUACCGCAAGUCCUGCGCCUCAUCAGGAGCUUGUCUUAUCGCUUCUUCUGGUUACCAGCAGUUCUGCACUGGCAAGCUCAACUCAGUGUGCAUCACCUGCUGUAACACACCACUGUGUAAUGGACCACGCCAGAAGAAACGGCCCCAACUGUCUGCGGCCAUUACCCUGACCACGCCACAGCUCCCUGUGUUUUCUCUCUACAUCCUCAUCCUACUGUCCUCCACCCUGUGCUGACAGACCUUCACACAAUGAGUUAAGAUGUGCAUUAUAAAUGUUCUGCUGCUGACAGUGGAGAAGACAUAAGUCUGAACUGUGUAAGCUGAGACAUAUAUACUUUUUAAUGUAUAUUCUUUAUGGCGUGUGGAAGCGUUGUACGGUAUUUGUUUUCUUUACUCCCCUGUGUUUUGUCACAAAUUGCCUCCAAAAGUUCAAACACCACUCAGCACUGGGAAUUUUUAUCAUUAUGUCACAAACAGGAUCAUAGUGCAGCUGCAACCGGAGCUAGGUAAGGUGAGGUGGAGGACAGUGUCGUGGAUGAGACAGCUUCUAGAUAUUUAUUGGACUGCCGGUGGCUAAUCCUCAAAUGUCUUUAUUUAUUUCCACUGCAAGGUCAAAUAAGGCAUAUCGCAAGGACAGAUAAGUAAGUUCAUGUA